AACUGAAUCAAACUGUGCAUGACUUUAUUGUAUAAUCUACAUCGAAUUGUUCUUUAUCUGCUGUUCUUGGAAACUCUCUAUAGUGUGUCGGCUGCUAGUAUAUCCUCAUGGCGUCUGCUACCUGUCUAGAGCGACUGGCGCCAACAAUUUUCGUAGGAUGUAGACAAUCUCUUGCAAUGAUAACCAGCUUGAAAGGAAUGGCUGCGCAGGAGCUCUUCUUGAUAUGCUGGCUGAAGUUGCAUCACAGACUUUACAUUCAGAUCCUAGUGUUAAGAUAUCAUCAAUCAAAAGAACAGCCAAAAAGACUGCAGACAUCAGUUGCCACUUUUCAAAGAAGAAGAAGCAACGAGCGACUUGUAACAGUCGAAGCAGAGAAGGGAAUACAAUGGACCUAGAAUAUCUUCGUUCCCUAAAAGCCAAUCAUUUGCUCAAGCUGUUCUCCGAGUUCGAUGGUGAUGAAAUUCGUAGGAUAUUUACAUUCACUUGUUUUAUGGAACCAGACCAGUGCCAUCAGCAAUUUUCAAGUUUUGGUAGUGAGGGGAAAGCCAGACAGCAAAUGAAGACCCAUCUUUUGGAACAUGUGCAUCAGCUGGAACUUAAAGCAGAGUGUGGCUUUCAGUUCUCAGUUGAAUCAGUUAAAGUAAGACAGCACCGUCUAGCUGAAAAGUGCAGUGGGUCAAACAGGAGGCACAAACUUAACUCAAAGAUUAAAGUAGAAUCAAUUCCAAAAUCAGAGCCAUCAGAUGAAAAUGAUAGCAGUCUUCCUAAUAAGGAGAAAAACAACUGUUCAGUUUCGGAGAACUCUGUAGUUGUUAAGCCAAACCUAAAACCGGAAAAGUUUCUUAGCCAUGAAGCAACUGAAAGCUUUAAUGAGAACAAUAACAAGAAUGGAGUGGAAGUAGAAAGUAUUUUGGAUAUUAAUGAAUCACGAUACAAUGAUGUCAUAGAAAAAGUCUGUGAUACAGAAGAGAAAUGUGUAAACAAUGAAAAUUGUUAUGGAAUUUAUGAAGAACACAAUUAUGUUAUUCUUGACUCAGAAAAUAAUAAUACUGAUGUGUCAGCUGAAAAUCACAGAAAGUGCACUUGGCCUGAAAUGAAAAUUAAUCAGAAUGAUUACAAAUUACACGGACAAGAGAAACAAGGCAGAAUCAAGGAAGAUUCGGUCCUUUGUGAUAAGGCUCCUGCUGCAGAUUUGGGAAAAUUCAUGAUUGCAGAAACAUUACGUGAUAUGGUAAUGGUGUGUGUAAUGGAAGAGGAUCAGGUGCAACUGAAGCAGCUGCCUUGUGUAGGACAAGAAGUUGAUGUAGAUACCCAUCAGUCAUUUUCAUACAAGAUGAUCAGAUCAGAUGACCUUCCAGUUGUGCAAGAUAAUAGAAGAGCUGAACCUCAAGAUUAUAGUGAUGAAGUGAUGAGAGAAAUGAACUGUGAAAAGCGUAUUGAAAGGGAUGAAUACAUUCAAAAGAAGAAGCCCAAAGGGAAGGCUAAGUUUAUUGGGCAAUCAAAAGCUGAAAAGGAAAUGGCUAUCCAUUUGAUUGAAAUGAUGAAACGGAAAGGUAACAGUGAGUCUCUUGAAUGCUACAUUUGCAACCCACCUCGCUCAUUUACUGCACCAACUACUCUUAUUAGCCAUUACAGGAGUCAUGCAGGCAUCAAGCCCUAUGAAUGCCGAAUUUGUCAUUCAGUAUUCACCAGGCAGCACAGUCUAAACUACCACAUGUUAAUUCAUUCAAACCAGACACGUUUCACAUGCGCUGAUUGUGGCCGCAAGUUCAGACAUCCAUCUCAUUUCAAGGAACACAGGCGUCGCCACACAGGGGAAUCUCCAUAUGAAUGCUCAGAUUGCAUGCUUCGGUUCAAGACCCGUAACACUUACAAACGGCAUCUGAAAACUCGUCACGGGAAGGUAUUGACAACUUCUGGUGGCCUUAUCAUUUUGUCAGAGGAGGAGUUUCGUCGUGUCAGGACUCUACCUCGUUCCCCUCACAGCACUGCAGCUGUACAUGUAAAACAGGAACUACACAAUGGGAAGAAGAGAUCUCGCAAAGGAAAAGGGCGAUUUAAAGUUGGUGGUAAAAGGAAACAGUUGGAACCAUGCGAUGUAAUGAAUGAGGAAGAUGAAGAGGAAGAAAUUGGUUUUAAUUUUAACAGAGAAAUCAGUCAUCAGUCAAAAGCAUGUGUCACAACUCCUACUAACAAAGAUGAUGAUGAAGAAAAAGAAGAUGCAAGUUGUGUCGGUAAUGUCGAAAGUGAGGUUACAUUGCCAAUGACUGAAUCUGAACCACCCCAGAAAUCUUUCCAAGAUAUUGUGGAAGAAGCCAUGAGACAGAGCAAUAUUUCUUUCACAGAUGAUCUAGAAAAUGAUAAAGCCAAUUUGGUUAUGUUGGAUGUACCUAUUACUAACACUGAAAAUGUAUAUGGGCCAAAAGACAAGGCAUUUGAGACCCAUGAAGUAAAUAAGCAAGGGUUAGGUUUUCCCAUCAAGAGUAGCUGGAACACAGAUAAUGUUAAUCUAAAAAGCCCAAACGAAGGAAAGAUGUACACAGCAAGAAACAAAUCAGGCCGAGAGUUAGUUAAUAGAAGUGCUAAAAAGAAUGUUGCUCACUUACAGGCUAAGACAAAGAAGUCAUUGAUAUUGCCUAAUAACGUUGGAUUUAAUCCCCUGAUGAUUAAGACAGGAAUUCACCAAGCACAAAAUUUACCCACAAUCCUGUCUAGUAGCGUGCAGACAUCUCCCUUUAGCUCCUCCACUUCAUCAUCAUCGGCAUCAUUCCUUUCACCUCAGUGCGAAGUGGACAAGAAAAGUCCAGUCUCAACACAGUCAGAUGCUAAAGUUUUGAACGUAGUUGGAUCAGACAGGGUGAGUAUUAUCAGUGCUAACUCACAACAAGCUACAAUCAUGCUCAUAGCUGAUGAAUGUAACAGUUUCACUGCAGUAUCAAAUCAGAAUUAUAUUUUAAAGGGUCUCAGAAUUAACUCUGAUAAGAAAACACUGUAAAAAUGUCACAAAUAUGAUGGAGUUUUAAGUGAUGAAGAUGGUAAUGGACAUGAAUCAUAAAUUAGCUUGAGAUGCCUUAACCACAGUAUAAUGACACUAAUGGUUACAUGAACCCACUAUAACAUUUCCCAGGGAAAUUAUCUCAGUGUUGUGAGGAGUACAGAAAUGGUCUAAAGGUAUCAGGAAGUUUUAAGUAGGGCAAUGUGACAUUAAACUCACAUUACCAACUAGUUUUUUUUCUUUGAAAGAAAGCACAUGAAAUGACAUUAUUGAUAAUGUUUCUCUGACUUUUAUAUGAAUAAUAUUUAAAAUUAUGUAGUAAUGAAUAGCAUCAUUCCAAUUUUGUAGUUUUUGUAAUACCCUAAAUUUAGUAGUAGGUGUACUGUGUACGUGGAUAUGUACAUAUUUCAGCAUCGAAGUAAGAAUGCAUAUAAUCGACAGAAGCUGUACAUCUGCAGUUAUCGAAACUUUGUAUCUGAAUUUAUUCAAGACUGAACAUAUUUUGACAAAACGUUGCAGUGAGAAGAACAUACAAUAUGGUUUCUUUAAAAUGUACUAUUUCUGUGGUAACUUUUCAACUGCAUUAAAGAAAUACUAGUUACUUUUUAUACUCAGAAUAUAAGGACAAGAGUAUAUUUUUGAAGAUACAUUUAUUUGGAUAGUGUUACUAGUUGUCGUUAUUGCAUAAAGAAACACUUUCUAUUCUGCAAAUGUUUUAUACUUGCAAUUAUAUGUUUGUUAAAUAUGAAUUGGGGCUGUUUUUUGAUACCUAACAAAAUUAUGCCCAAAACUAUAAUUAAAAAUAUAACAAAAUAUACAUUUAUUGAAAUUAAAACAGAGCUGGGAUACUUCAGAUGGUAUACUGACUAUAUUAUGAGCUGGCUGUCCAGGAUUUGAUUCCCUGCAAGGCCAUAUAUUUAGUCUCAUAUCACACGUCCCCAUGGCACAGUGCUUAAUUAAGCGCAGAUAUAUCUUCAUGGCAUGUUCCUUCAUUAAAGGCAGGGACAAAUUUAUCUUUAACUUUAAAGCAGAAUAUAUUUGAAACUGCAGUUGAACUUGAUUACAACACCUUGGCCAUAACACUGGAUACCACUUGGUUCCCUCAGAAUGCUCUUUAACCUUUAAUCAUACAGAAAUAAGGGGUUUAAAUCCCCAUAAUACAGGGCUGAUAAUUGGGCUUAAAUCUAGGAUUUAAAGUGGUUUGCAACUGCAACAUAAAGCCAGCUGGAAUGCACAUAAUCUCUGAUGCAUAGCUAAUAAAGGUUAAAAAUGUAUCUUCACCAUUUUCAUGUUUCUCACAUGAAUUUUUUUAGAGUCCUCAAAAAAGAGUGGUUUACAAAGCUGUCCAAACAUAUUUUGGCAAAAUAAGUUGUUACAGAUGGGCACUUAGGUUAAACUAUAAGAUGUGAAAGUCAUGGAGCAUACAACCAUUGUUAACACAAGCCCACCAAGUUACUAUUACCUGAAAGUAUGGCCUCAAAGUUGUAAAUAGUGGUUAGCUCAAGUUUCUUCCAUAACACCCAAGUGUAACUGAAGUUAUUCGGUAGAGAUAUAUUUUCUUAAUCUAGGUAAACAUGUUUAAAAACAAUGUCUGUGUUUCCAUUUAUUACAUCUGUAUUGUUUAUGGUAAUGGUCUUCCUUAAUAGUGUUGUUUAUUAUUAUAUAUAGAGAACAGUAUUUAGAAUAAGGAAUUUUUAUAUGAUUUUAUAUUAUGCAGUAAAACAUUUUCUAAGGAAACCAAUUUUAUAUUUUGUGUAACCGAGGGCUCAGAAUAUACCUGUGCAAGUUAUUAUAGCUGGAGAAGGUAUUAACAAUAAACAAGAGGUGUCUUAUGGCUA